GGCCAAGCAGAUGGCGAUAGGUAUAUUACGUAGUAGAACCGUCCCCUACGUAUUCUGCGUAACCCGUCCGUCUCGUUCGUUGGUCGCUGCAGGGGUCAAUCGGGCUCCGCUUACGCACAGCAUUACUUACAUCCAUGGUAAUUUUUUAGUUCUCCGAAGCCCUGUGCCACCCACCUAGUCUCGUCCUACAAGGAACAAAAAUCCUGAAACACAAUCUAUCGGAAAAAAAGCAAAGAAAAAAAAGCCAUGGCGCCCAAUCUCCCGCGCCAAGAAAUCCUGCAGCGCCUGCGCGCCGUCAUAUCCUCGCGCCGCCCCAUCGUCGGCGCGGGCGCGGGCAUCGGGCUGUCGGCCAAGUUCGUCGAGGCCGGCGGCGCCGACCUGAUCAUCAUCUACAACUCGGGCCGGUUCCGGAUGGCCGGGCGGGGCUCGCUCGCGGGGCUGCUGCCGUACGGCGACGCCAACGCGAUCGUCGUCGACAUGGCGCGCGAGGUGCUGCCCGUCGUGCGCGACGCGCCCGUGUUCGCCGGCGUGUGCGGCACCGAUCCGUUUAGGGAUAUGCGCCGCUUUCUGGGCGAGUUGAAGGGCUUGGGGUUUAGCGGCGUGCAGAAUUUUCCGACGGUUGGGCUUGUGGAUGGGAGUUUUAGGGCCGGGUUGGAGGAGACGGGGAUGGGGUACGGGCUGGAGGUCGAGAUGAUUCGGAUCGCGCACGAGAUGGAUCUUGUUACGUCGCCGUAUGUGUUUAAUGUUGAGGAGGCUGUUAGCAUGGCGGAGGCUGGGGCUGAUAUUGUUGUCGCUCAUAUGGGUUUGACUACGAGUAAGGGGAUCGGCGGGAAGACCGGGAAGACACUGGACGAGAGUGUCAAAUUGAUUCAAGACAUUAGGGAUGCGGUAGUGAAAGUGAGAGAAGACAUUAUCGUAUUAUGUCACGGUGGACCGAUUGCCGAGGUGCAGGAUGCGGAAUACGUCCUCUCGCGAACGAAGGGGGUGCACGGAUUUUUCGGGGCGAGCAGCAUGGAGCGCAUCCCGGUCGAGAUCGCAAUCACGGACAAUACGAAGAGGUUUAAGGAUAUCCAUAUACCAAACUGAUAGGUUACAAUUUUUUACUACGCAUUUUCCGAAACCAAUGAAGAGAACUUUCCAAGGUCGAAGCAGUGCUCUACGGAAAUUAAGUGGUAUCACAGCAGCACACUACUUUACGCCACCCCUAUUUCCCGCACGAUGCUUCCGCUCCAACCCCAAUCCAAGCUAUCGCUACAGGCGCACUCGAGAAUCUCGAGAGCCAGAUCAUCUUCGAUGUUACACUAGAAGCCAGUUAUAUUAGUUCAGAGGCUCCCAUCAGAGAACUGUGUGUUUUAUUAUGCAUUUUCUGAAGA